AUGGGGAAAUGUAAACAUGCUGAUACACGAUCAUGUGCUAACUGUAAAAAUAAUAAUACUACAUGUAAAGGAGUUGCUGUGGAAAAAGUAUGGAAUUUAUUAAAUUAUGAUGGAAAAGUUUGUGACAAACGAAACAAUGAAGUAGGAAUUGUAUCAUUUAAUGAUAAUGGAAAUUUCAUUUUCAAAUCAUUGAAAUGUGGAAAUAUUAAUUUAAAUCGGAAUGGAGUUUGCACAGAUUGUUAUCAAUUAUAUGAAAAAUUGCGACAUAUGACAACCACUAAAUCAAACAACUCUGACGAAAAAUUAAUCAAACAAAAAGAUCAAAUAGAGAAAUUAAGAAAGAAAGUAUCUCAAUUAAAAUCUAUGUUAACAAGACGGGAAGAAAAAUUGGAUUCAUUAGAGGAAAAACUAUCCAAAAUUCAUCAUCACAAACUUGUAAAAUUGGUGAUUGCUGCUAUUGAAGAUGAAAAACUGCAUGAACAACAAUUUUUCUACCAAUUAAUGGAAAAUACUUUGGAAAAUAUCACUAAUUAUAAUAAGUCAAGAGGAUAUCAGUAUAAGGAAUCUAUUAUUCAUUGGUGUCUAAUUUUAAGAUAUUUUGGUGGAUCAAAAAUAUGGAAAAUAUUGAAAGGAAAUGGCUCAGCUUUGAAUUCUCAAACAGCCCUUGAUGAAGUGAAUUUAUUACUUCCAUCUCUAGCAACAGUGAAAUCUUAUCUUCCCAAAUUAUCUACAGGGCAAACCUCUGAUUUAGAUUUGCAAUCUUUAUUGAAAUCUAUACAGAAAAAGAAAGUUACGAAUAAUAUAAUAAUUUCAUAUGAUGAAAUAGAAAUAAGAGGAGGGUUAUGUGUUCUUAAAGAUUCUGGAAAAGUUAUAGGAUUUGCAGAUUAUAAUGAAAAAGAUUUUGAUCAGCUAUACAAAUCUAAAGAAGAAAUUGUACCUUCCCAAAUUGCUUCUCACAUUUGCCAAUUCUUUGCUACUACAAUUGAUGGAAGUGUUUCUUUCCCUUUAAUGUUUGCAGGUUGUACAAAAUCAAGUCAUGCAGAUUUUUUGGAAGAUCAAGUAAAAAAGAUUAAGGAACAGUUUGAAAGAAUUCAGUUAAAUAAUUAUUCUUUCCAAGUUGUAGGUUUCAGUAGCGAUGGAUUGACUGGAAAUUUAACAUUUUUCCAAACACAAAAAAUAUUUCCCAAUACUGUUCACUUCUUUGAUUACUCUCAUCUACUAAAACGAUUACGAAAUAGAUUACUAAAUGAAACCAUGACUAUAGAUGGCAUUUCAUUUUCAAUUGAGACGUUAUUGAUUGCCAAAUCUGAAUCAAAUUUAACUGAUUGGCUACCUAAUUCUGUGAUUUAUCCUACUGACAAAAUGGCUAUGGAUCCCGUAUUUGCAUUAUUAGAAACUAAUUUAAUUGAUGGUUUGGCCAAAUCAAAAAAUACUACUUGUCAAACAGUCUCUAAAUAUUUAAAACUAAUGCAGGAUAUUUAUUAUAUUUUCAAAAAUGAUUAUUGUUGGGAAGCAAAAGAGAUUCUGUUAGACUCUGUUUUUCAAUUUAUUAAUCCAUGGCAAAAAUCAAACGAUAUUUCUUUAAAUAAUGAAUUAUUUGAUCAUAUUAUAAUUACAUUAAAAUCCUUAAAGGAGCUUAAGACAAGAUUUCCAACAAUUGAGCUAUGUACUUGUAGCUUAUCUACAUUAAUGGUAGAACAUUGUUUCAGCAUUGUUAGAUCCAAAAUUAGAUAUCCAACAUUUAUGGAUUAUUGUUCCUGUUAUAGAUCUGUUUGGUUAGUGUUAAAAGCAAAACUAAGUGACGGACCAUUUGUUUUGAGAAAUGAGAGUUAUUCGAAUUGUUAUGGAAAAAUAGAUUUGGAAUUGGAGUAUGAGGAAUUAACUAGAAAGAAGUAUAAGAAGAAGAAUAAGAAAAAACUUACAGAGGAAGAAGAAGAUCAAAUAUUAGAGAAAGAAAAUAGUUUUACUGAAAUGUUCGAUUAUAUAUUGGAUGCUGUAGAAGGAUUUGAACCUCAAAGAAACACUAUGCUCAUACGAGAAUUCAUGUGUAAAAAUCCACCGAACAUUGACUCAAAAAACAUCAUGAAUAAUAUUUACAUUCUUUGUAAAGAAUGUAAUCAACCUUUUGUGAGAUUGAAAUCAUUUUUGAAACAUGUAAUGAACGUUCAUAAUUAUUCAUUUUCAGAGGGAAAGCAGUCAAUGAUUGAAGCUUUAUUGAAAUCAAUCAAACAGUCAGAUUCUUCCAACCUAUUGGACAGUGAUAAUUUAUUAACACUUAUUACAAAUACUGUUGAUAAAUCAAUAGUAGAUCAAAAAAUUAGACCUUCAGAACCAAUCCCACGAGCUUCCAGAAUUUUAUUCAAUGAUGAUUUGUACACACACAAUAAGGGUCUUCCAUUUCAACAUGAUUUUGGAGAUGACAAAUAUAUUCUGUUUGAUUUUGAAACAACAGGAUUUUGGACAAAUGAUGAUCCACCAAAAAUAACAGAAUAUUGCUUUUUAAAUAUGGCAACAGGUGAAUCAAUUUAUGGAUUAGUAAAUCCAACAAAAUCAAUUUCAUAUCAUUCAACAAAGAUUACUGGAAUCAAUUUGAAUUAUGUAAGAGACAAACCAAUCAUUGAAAAGGAGCUUGAUUUUAUUAUUGAUUUUAUUAGUAAUACUAAAGGGAAAACUUUCUUAAUUGCGCACAAUGGUGAGAUACUUGAUUUCAAAGUAUUUAAGAAAGAGUUUUAUCCGAAAAGAGAAUCAAAGUUUGAAAAUAUAGUUUUCGUAGAUUCCUUGAAAUUAAUGAAAAGCCACAAAGAUCUACAUCACAAAUUACCAAAAAAAGAGAGUAGUGGAAGAACUGCAUUCAAAGAAGAAAUGUUAAUUGAACAUUUCCAAGUGGGAAAUGUUGCGGAUUGUCAUUGUGCAUUCUUUGAUGUAAUUGGAUUAUUUAAUAUUUUAAACAAAUUUUUUGAUGAUGUUAACACAGCCAUUUCGAAUAUUCAAGAAUUCUCUAAAACCUCAAAUAUUGAGAAAAAAAGAAAGAAAUCAAAUUCAGAAUCCAAGCUUACUAAGGUAACAGGAUGCCGUUGUACAACCAGUUGCUCAAACCUUAAAUGCUCCUGUAAGAAGAAUGAACGAUAUUGCUUUCCAAAUACUUGUAAAUGUGAUCCAGAUAUUUGUGAACAACAAGGUUGCAACUAUUGUAGACAUGAGAGAGGAAUUAAUAAGUGUGGUGAUUGUUUCAGGUUGUUUUGUGAUUCAUGUUGGCAUCAAUUAUAUUGCAUAGAUUGUUUUACAGAACUUUUCUAUCCAAUUUAUCCAUGCCACAUUUGUUUAGGAUACACAAAAUCACUUGAUGAGUGUAAUCAAUGUGGAGUGGAGAUUUGUAAUUUAUGUGAAUUUCAAGGAGUUUGUAAAAAUUGUUCCACUCAUUUCCCUCAAUUUGUCUGUGAAUCAUGUCACUUCAGAACUCAGUCAGUACGUAGAUGUCAUGAUUGUGGAUCUCUUAUUUGUGAUUCAUGUGUUAAAUUUGAAAGAUGGUGCAAUAAUUGCUUAUUUGAGGAAAUUGAAAUUGAACCGCAACCUUCUCAAAUCAUCAACUCUCAAGAUAUUUAA